AUGAUGGACGGUCUGAAGGGAGCUAAGCUCUGCUACCCUCAGCUCCUCAACUCCUCCUGCAGGGGUUUACUGCGUCCUCGCUCUGAGGCCGUCCUCCUCUACAUGCUGCUCUCCUCCAUCACUGUGCUCACUGUAGCUCUCAACCUGCUGGUUAUCAUCUCCAUCUCCCACUUCAGACAGCUCUACACCCCCACCAACCUGCUCCUGCUCUCCCUGGCCACCUCAGACCUCCUUGUGGGGCUGCUGGUGAUGCCGGUGGAAACAGUGAGAUUCGUAGAAAGCUGCUGGCUGCUGGGUGAUCUCAUGUGCGCUCUGUCUUACAUUAUCGGCUUCACUCUCAUCUCUGCCUCUGUGGGGAACAUGGUGCUCAUUUCCAUUGAUCGAUAUGUAGCUAUUUGUUACCCUCUGCAGUACCCCAACAAAAUCACUCGCAGCAGAGUUGAGGUGUGUGUGUGUCUGUGCUGGGCCUGCUCACUGCUCUACAACGGCUUGAUCUUAAAGGACCAUCUCAGCCAGCCAGACAGACACAGCUCCUGCGACGGGGAGUGUUUGGUGGUGAUUAACUACAUCCCCGGAGCCAUUGACCUUGUGCUCACUUUCAUCAGCCCCUGCUCAGUCAUAGUCACUCUUUACAUUAGAGUGUUUGUUGUGGCGGUGGCUCAGGCCCGUGCCUUGCAGUCUCAUAUUACAGCUGUUUCAGGCGGUUCAGUAAGAAUCACUGCAAAGAAAUCAGAGAAAAAAGCAGCCAGGACUCUGGGUGUUGUCAUAUUAGUGUUUUUGAUGGCAUUCUGUCCGUAUUACUACCCUUCUCUUGCAGGACAGGACACCUCAAACAGUGCUUCAUUUUGGCCCAUUGUGUCUAUGCUGUUGUAUUUUAAUUCUUGUUUAAACCCACUCAUAUAUGCUUUUUUCUAUCGGUGGUUUAGAAAAGCUAUCAAGCUCAUUGUCACCCUCAAGAUACUAGAGCAGGACUCCUCUCAGGCAAAUAUACUUUAA